AUGGCUUGUUGCACUCGUUGGCAUGCAGCAGUCUACUUCUCCAUGGCUGUAAUCUUGGCCUUCAUAGCAAUCUCCAUGACACUGCGUUCAGAAGCCAACGAUGAAACUUCACAAACCAAACCCAUCAGCCACAUCGUCUCACUUAACGCCUCAAGAACUCUGAGAAGAGCCGGCUUCAACAUCAUGGCCACUCUCCUCCAAGUCUCACCAGAACUCUUCUUUUCCUCUGCAAACGCAACCCUCUUUGCUGUCAAAGACUCUGCCAUCUCCAACGCCACUCUCCCUCCCCGCCUCUUGAAAAACCUCCUCCAAUACCACACCUCCCCUCUCCAGCUUUCAAUGGAAGACCUUCUGAGCAAGCCUCAAGGUGCUUGCUUGCCUACCCUUUAUCAGCAAAAGAGCAUUGCAAUCACCAAAGUUGAUGAGAAAGAAAGAUCGGUUGAGAUCAAUAAUGUGUUGGUUUCACACCCAAAUCUGUUUCUUGAAGGACCCAUUUCAAUUCAUGGCGUUCUUGGCCCAUUCUCUGCUUUGGAUCCUCGAGAUGUUUAUCAGGGUCGGGACAUUAUUCAGUCACCUGCCUGUGACUCCAAUUCAAAUAUGAUUUCUGAUGUUCCUCCUGAUUUGAAGAACAUGGUUGAAUGGUCCUGGAUCAUCCGAUUGCUGAACUCAAAUGGGUUCGUUUCGUUUGCCAUUGGGCUGCACUCUGUUCUUGAUGGGAUUCUUGGAGAUCAUAAGGGUUUGAAGUCCGUGACAAUUUUUGUUCCACCAAGCUUGGAGCUUGAAGCAUAUCCUACUCCUUUGCUUGAGAAAAUUGUGAGGUUUCAUGUCCUGCCACAGAAGUUUACAAACAGAGAUCUCGAAUCGUUGGCUCCGAGAACAUUGCUCAGGACCCUGCUUCAUGGUCAGCCUCUUGAGGUCACUGGGGCUGUGGAUUUCAUGAAAGGAUUGGUCAUUAGUGGAGUGAACAUUGUGGCCCCUGAUAUGUUUUCUUCCAGCAAGUUCAUUGUCCAUGGGAUUUCCCGAGCUUUGGAGCUGGACAAUUUGCCUAAUACAGCAAGAUAA